AUGUCCAUCGGUAUUUGCGGUAUACUUAUGGCAGAUGGUGCCUAUUGUAUACUCAAUCCAGACGAGUAUCGAGGUCGUCUCGAGAUGCUAAUUGUUCAAAUUUCUGGGCGUGUAGUACUUGCACAGGCAUCUACUAGAGGUAAGGUCAUUUCAUCAACAAUCCCUAUUGUAGAUCUGAGCAAAAUUAUUCUUGACACAUCCGAUAUUGAUUUCGAUCGUUUGAAUCAAAUUCUUCAUCCAUCAUUAUCGGAUCAUCUGGUUCUGCCGGUAUACUCAAAAUAAUCGUUCAUACCCAUUCGAAUUUCGAUUCCCUUGGAUAUUUACUCCCGAAUAUUGGUUUACUCAAUAAACAUGAUAUUGUAUUACAAGCAGCCUGUUGUUCGUGGAUAAUUCAUGUAUAUAAAACUAGCGGAGGUAUCCGAUGUAUGGAGAUGAUACGAUAGCAUAUAUCUCACGGAUGAUAAUACGAUGUUGCCACAGUCCUCAACAGCUAUUCAUCUGCAAUAUCAUAAGCUACACUCGAAUCUUUUCUUUUUUAAUUUUAAUAUUUAACAUAUUAAAGCCGUUAUAGACUUUUUUUUCUUUUUUAUAUUUUUAUUGAUGAACUUCUUCCAAGCAAAAAAACAGCAAAAUAGAAUUUUUCAUUGUAAAGCUGUUUUGUACACGAUGUUCUUCGUUUUUCCAUCUGGAGCAAAAACAUACAAAUUCUUUCCAGUUCCUACUCUCGAGCAUGCCACAUAAAGUUGACCGUGAGAAAAGCAAGGAGUUUCUAAAUUGACACCAGCAACUUUAAGUGAUUGCCCUUGGGCCUUAUUAAUAGACAUUGCGAAGGCAAGCCGUACUGGAAACUGAAGUCGUGUAAAUUCAAAUGACAUAUCAGAAGGGAGCAAAGGUAUUUUUGGUAUGAAUACAUCUUCACCUUUUGCACAACCUGUCAUGAUCGUUGCUUCGAUUACAUGAGGCAUUAGAGUUUUGACACAUAGCCUUGUACGAUUACAUAAUCUUGGUGCAUCCAGAUUUCUUAGGAGCAUAAUAGAUGAUCCAAUUUUCAGACGCAAGUUAUGUGGUGGCAUUCCAGAAGGUUCGAGUGAAUUGAGAAACUCAGUUGGAUAUUGAACUGCCAUGUCGAUAUCUUUAACUGUAUCAAUUGAUUUGUAAGAUAUAGCUUCACCAGGAAACUGUUGCUGAAUUUGUAGAUUGAUGGCAUUUACGUUGACGUUUUUCGGAGCCAGAAUAGCACGUUUACAUAACCAUUUGUGGUCCUUGUAGUGAGUUUGAAUGUUUGGAAACACUUUACUCUUGAGUUCUUCGACUGAUUCAACGAUAUUACAAAAGUUGUCUGAAAUAUUAAUAAGUCAACUGACUGGGUCAGCAGGUCU